ACUUCCUGCCCCACCAGAGGAAGUGGCCCACAACUCCAGGUGCAGCGACAACCAGCAGAGCUAUGGACAAGGAAUAUGUGGGCUUUGCUGCCCUCCCCAACCAACUGCACCGAAAGUCUGUCAAGAAGGGGUUUGAUUUCACACUCAUGGUGGCAGGAGAGUCAGGCCUGGGGAAAUCUACCCUCAUCAACAGCUUGUUCCUCACCAACCUCUACGAGGACCGGCAGAUGCCAGAUGCCAACGCUCGAACCAAACAAACCCUGACCAUCGAGCGCCGGGGUGUGGAGAUUGAGGAGGGGGGCGUCAAGGUGAAGCUGACCUUGGUGGACACACCUGGCUUCGGGGACUCCGUGGAUUGCUCAGACUGCUGGCUGCCUGUGGUUCGAUUCAUCGAGGAGCAGUUUGAGCAGUACCUCAGGGACGAGAGCGGCUUGAACAGGAAGAACAUCCAGGACUCCCGAGUCCACUGCUGCCUCUACUUCAUCUCACCCUUCGGCAGAGGGCUCCGGCCCCUAGAUGUGGCUUUCCUUCGCGCGGUGCAUGAGAAAGUCAAUAUCAUUCCAGUCAUUGGCAAAGCAGAUGCCCUGAUGCCGAGGGAAACGCGGGUCCUCAAGCAGAAGAUCCGGGACCAGCUGAAGGAGGAGGAGAUCAGCAUCUACCAGUUCCCAGAGUGUGACUCUGAUGAGGACGAAGAAUUCAAGAGGCAGAACGAAGAGAUGAAGGAAAGCAUCCCUUUCGCAGUCGUCGGUUCAUGUGAAGUGGUGAGGGAUGGCGGAACCCGACCAGUGAGGGGACGCCGCUACUCCUGGGGUACCGUGGAGGUGGAGAAUCCACAUCACUGCGAUUUCCUGAACCUGAGGCGGAUGCUGGUGCAGACCCACCUUCAGGACUUGAAAGAGGUGACCCACGACCUGCUCUACGAGGGCUACCGGGCUCGCUGCCUACAGAGUCUGGCUCGACCUGGGGCCCGGGAUCGAGCCAGCCGUAGCAAGCUCUCCCGGCAGAGUGCCACAGAGAUCCCGUUGCCCAUGCUGCCCCUGGCCGACACUGAGAAGUUGAUUCGUGAGAAAGACGAAGAGGUGAGGAAGCACUUCUUUCCCUCUGGUCAGCGCCCUAGAUCCCAUUCUAGAUCCCAUGCCGGCUUUGCCGGGUCCCACUGGCUGCACUCGUGUUUUCACAGCUGCGCCGCAUGCAAGAAAUGCUGGAGAAGAUGCAAGCCCAGAUGCAGCAGAGUCAAGCUCAGGGCGAGCAGUCGGAUGCUCUGUGAGAUCCUCCACCACCGCCUCCCCUAGCGUCUGCUCACCGCCCAUCUCUAGUCCCAUCCCUGCUGCUCAGCGCCCCAUCCGGAGACCCAGAGGGUAGGCCUGCCCUUGCCCCCGGGUCCCUACAAUCCGGAAGCUUGUAGCCCCGCCUCCUGCGCUGUUCUGAGAAGACCGCCCUCCUAAUGCCUGUCGGCGGGUUCCACUUCGUGUAUCCUGUUUCUCUAAGUUCUCCAUCUAAUAAAAACUGCUUCUCCCCUC